AUGACGGGUUUUGCUAAAUACUUAAAGGACUUGAUAACCAAGAAAAGAACCACUAAGAAUGAAGUGGUGAAUGUGACUCACCGAGUUAUCUCCAUUAUUGCAACAACCACCGUUGAAAAGAAAGAAGACCCGAGAGCAUUCACUAUUCCAUGUACUACUGGCUUGCGAAAUUUUGCAAGGGCUCUUUGUGACAAUGGGGCUAGCAUUAACUUGAUGCCUUUUGCCAUUUACAAGCAAUUUGGGUUAAGCAUGCCGAGACCUACAAGCAUGAGGUUGCAAAUGGCUGAUCGUUCAAUCAAAAGACCAGUGGGAAUUAUUGAUGAUGUCCUAGUGAAAGUGGGAAAGUUCCUCCUUCCGGCCGAAUUUGUGAUCCUUGACUGUGCCGUUGACAAAGAAAUCCCUAUCAUCUUGGGGAGGCCAUUCCUUGCUAUCGGAAGAGCACUUAUGGAUUCAUAA